AUGAAGAGGCUGACGGUGCUGUGGUCGAUUGGCGCACUUAGCGUUGUGUUCAUAGCAGUUGGGAUAGCUGUAUUGCUGUCGAUCCCGGUAAACGUUUUCCGGGGAGUGUCAGAGGCCGUGGUGCUCUCGAAUGGCAGUGAAACGCUGCGCAAAUGGGCCGAUCCUCCGUACGACAUGCUACUUCAGUUCUGGUUCUUCAAUGUCACCAACCCAAGCGAGGUGUUGUUUAACGGCGCAAAGCCGGCUCUCGUUCAGUGCGGACCUUACAGCUACGUAAACCGUCAACAGAAGCGGAACUUGAACUUCGCAUCGAACAACACCGUGCAGUAUAGGUUAUUUCAGUCUUACCACUUCUCUGAGGAGCGGUCAUGCAAAAGCUGUCGCGAAACGGAUCUGAUCCUCGUACCACAUGUGCCUUACUGGUCAGUUGUUCACAGACUGAGGAACUCGCCGAUCAAGAAGACGAUAAAACGUCUGGCAGAUAUGGGUUUAACGGCUAUCGGCGAGGAGCCGUUCACGACGCAGACGGUUGCUUUGCUGCUUUUCAAAGGCUACGAAGAUCCGGUGUUCAAAUUAGGCAACAUGAUUAGCUGGUUGUUUCCAAACACUUAUAUACCGCUGAAGAUGGGUUUCUUCUAUGGCAAGAAUGCGACGCUCGAUGAGCCAGUGUCUGUCAGAACCGGCAUCGGUGAUUUCAGCCGAGUCGGUCAGAUCGUCAGUGUCAACGGCAAUACGUCAGUAAACUUCUGGCGAGACCGUUGGAGCAAUAUGAUCAACGGAACAGAUGGAACUAUAUAUCCACCUUUCCUAACCAGAUCUUCGCGACUACCUGUCUACGCAAUGGAUCUCUGCCGUGUGAAGUUUUUCUUCAGGUCAAUGGAAAUGGAAUACGAAUCUGAUACAGAUGUGGCUGGAAUUCCGGCUUAUCGUUUCGCUGUUCCCGCGAGCAGUUUCAACUCAUCGCUUGCGGAUAAUGCCGGAUUCUGCUGGCCUACCGACAUCUUUUAUCCGGAUUUACAAAAGCCAGAUUCCGACGGACGUGCCUGUCUUCCAUCUGGUCUGCUAAACGUCUCAAAGUGCAAAAACAACGCGCCGAUUGUCAUUUCAUCGCCCCAUUUUUUGUAUUCCGAAGACGAAGUAGUACAUUCGGUGAUAGGACUUAAACCUGACGUUCAGGAGCACGGCUCGUACAUCGAUAUUGAGCCAACCACCGGCGUUGGUUUGGUUUUUCAGCAGCGGCUACAAAUCAACGUAGCCUUGGUCAACGACGAAGAUUUUUCGUAA